AUUUGAGCUAAAUUCAGUGUCCAGAAGUCGGUCCAAACUCUUCCCAUAAACCCUUUCCCAUUUCUCUCCUAGAAAACGCUCAGCCAUCCGCCAAAUCCUCCCGACUCGGCUGUACCUGUACCCAUCAAUGUCGACCCUUAAGGAGAUACUAACCCGGCGUCCCGUAGCAGCUACAAUCCGCCUCACCGUCCCAGCCGGCGGCGCUCGCCCUGCGCCCCCUGUGGGCCCUGCACUUGGGCAGUAUCGUCUCAAUUUAAUGGCAUUCUGCAAGGACUUUAACGCACGGACCCAGAAGUACAAGCCAGAUACUCCCAUGGCUGUCACAAUAACGGCUUUCAAGGACAACACUUUCGAGUUCACAGUGAAGUCACCGUCGGUUACUUGGUACUUGAAGAAAGCAGCCGGGAUCGAGUCCGGUAGCAGCCGGCCGGGACACGUCGUAGCAUCUACAGUGACUUUGAAGCAUGUAUAUGAGAUUGCUAAGGUGAAGCAAUCUGAUCCUUAUUGUCAAUACAUGUCUCUUGAGUCUAUUUCUAAGUCCAUUAUUGGGACUGCCAAUAGUAUGGGAAUCAAGGUUGUCAAGGACUUGGAUUAGUAGAAAAGUGCAAAUUUUUAUGUUCCUUUAUGACAAUUUGUUAGAUUUGACGAUUUUGCAUACUUGUCUGGUUGCAUUGUUGAAAUAAACUAAGACUGAUUUAUGCAUUAUUGAUGAACAAUUUCUUCACAUUUUGUCAAUCCAAUGCUAAAUUGUGUGUAUUAAUUUUACACAUUCUAGU